UUCUUCCAGUUCUGCAAUUCAGACGCCGGUAUACUGUUGUGCACAGACGUGGCCGCCCGGGGUCUCGAUAUACCGCAAGUCGAUUGGAUCGUACAGUACGACCCGCCCGACGACCCAAAAGAAUACAUACAUAGAGUGGGCCGUACGGCACGUGGAGAGGGGGCCAAAGGUCACGCUCUGCUGAUCCUGAACCCCGAGGAACGGGAGUUCUUAAGAUAUCUCAAGGAAGCGAAAGUACCGCUUCAGGAGUUUGAGUUUUCCUGGAGUAAAGUCGCGAACAUUCAGCCACAGGUAUGUAUAGAUUUAUAUAUAUAUAGUCGGCAUCCCUGU